CCGCCUUACCUGUCAAGUUCAAGUUAUGGGCAUUGACAUUUUUUUAGUUUAAACUUAACUCUUGACAAACGGGAGGCACAUGGUUGUGAGUUGGUUACGGGACACGCACAUACACCGCACACUAUACACACUUUUACACACACCAACGAGAUUACAUUCUAAGACGAAACACACAUCCUGAAGCAGCAUUCCAAUGCCUGGCCAGGUGAAUGAAGGCAUUGAAGACUUGACGGAGACGGAGGACCUUUGUGCCUUCUGCCUGGAUCGCAUACAGGACCCAGAGAAGCUGCUCUGCAAUCAUGCCUUCUGCAAAUCCUGCCUGGAGGUCUAUCUGGAGGCCCGCAACUGGGUGGCCGAACUGUGUCCCAUUUGCCGGCGCAGCCUGAGCGAACUGUUACCCAAGCAGGGUAAUGAAGUAAGUGACUUUCGGGGUCCUGGGAACCAUAUAAUCGGCUGGCGCCUGUUUGGCUUUAUGACGCUUCUAAUAAUAUUGCUGAGUCUGGGACCCUUUUACCUGCUGCUGAUCUACUGGUAAAGCAGCAGCAAACUGAUUUGCCAAAGAAGGAAGUAGGAUGUAAAUUUGUACUUAGAUAGACUCACAAGAGACAGAGAUAUGUAUGUAUAUGCAAACUUGCCAGUGGAUUUUAAUUAAACCCGAAAGCCAUAAAAUGCCAA